GGACUUGUUUUCCGUCUUUGUUGUGUUUGACGUGAGGAAGUGAAGCCGGGAUGGUCCUGGAGGAGCUGCGGGUCCGUCUGAACGACAGAGAAUAUACAAACUGGCUGAAGGCAGGACGAUGUCUGGUCAUCCUGAAGAACUUCCUGCUGCCCUUCACUGAGCACCACAUGAGAUCUUUCCAUAGAGACCUGCUCAACAGAAACCCUCUGCUGCGGACAUUCUGCCAGACCUCAACCUGUAGACCCAGAGGCAAUAAGCUUCUCUCUCCAUGCAGAGUGUGUUCAGAGUGGCAGAAAGUGAUCAUUGACCACCACAGACAGCCUGAAUCCACCAUCAACUGGGACAACUGCUCCCCUCCUCAAUGGAGGACACAUUACUGGGAGCUGGCCAAGGCCUACAUGCCACGAGGUCAGGCUAAAAUGAAGGAUGGAGGUCAGUGCGAUGCGUCGGCUCUGCUCAACCUGAUCAACUACUGCAAAUGGUUCUCUGUGGAUCCAAAAUUGGUCAGAGAGGUGAUCCGAAUGAGGAAUGAGCUGAUGCAUUCCUGUGAUUUUCUUGUGAAGGAUGAAUGGAUGGGACACUACUACUUUGUUCUGAAACACUUUGUGCAGCAGUUCAGUCGUGAGCCACAGAUGCCAUCAGUCGGACAACAGAUUGAGGAGAUGCUGACCGUUGACUUGUCAAUAUAUGUCUCUGGUGUGGACCGAAUGGAUUCUGCUGGCUUGUUGAAUGGAUUAGAGUCCGAUUCUGUCAAUCAACUGACCGGACCAGAGAUCAGCGCCGGCUUAGUCAGCCAAUGGGAAUCUGAGUUGCUACAAGAGAUGUUGCAGGAGAUUCUACAAGUUUCUGCUGAGGACGGUGACGCAUUGACACAGGACACUCAGCAGUUGAAGAGCCUGAGUGGCUUCCUGCAGGCCAACAAAGAUCUCGGUGAGAGGUUUUCUGCAGAGCUCCAAGCCAUCAACUCUCUGGAGGCCACACAGUAAUGAGAAGGUGGAGGUGAAAUAGAGGAUCAGGGAGUUUUGCACCAAGUCUUUAGAGUCAUUUUUUGAUUUAGGGCAAAGUCAGAAUUUAAGUUGAAGAACAGGGGAUUUGUGACAGAUUCUAUGAGCAUGCACACAGUGAUUUAUUAAAAUAUGAAUGAAAGUUUUUGGCAAAAUCAUGGACUUUUUCUUCAAUGGUUAAUAAAAAAAAAAAAAAAAAAAGACCUAAUGUAUCCAGUGACUUAAAUAGUGAAUCAUAGUGAAAAAGAAAUUACAGCAGCAGCCGAAAAGGUGCAGACAUAACUUUUAUCAAUGCACCGUCACAAUGCAAACGUGAGAAACUUUAUUACCAAUUACAGUCUUUACAACAUCAAAACAACUUGUCAGGGUCUAGAUAUUAAUUUAAAUUUAUAGUUUUACAAAUUUACAAUUUGCAAUUAAUGUUUCUGUAAUUUUUACACUUUUCGAAGUCGUCCCACGGGCCGGGCUGGACCCUCUGGCGGUCCAGUUUUGGCCUGCGGGCCGUAUGUUUGACACCCCUGGUCUAUUAGAUACCCGACACAGUUCAUCUUCUACCAUAUCUACAGUGAAGCAUGGUGGUGGCAGCAUCAUGCUAUGUCAGAGCUUCUGAGCAGCAGAGACAAAAAGAAUCAAGGAGAAGAUUAAGUUUAUGAUCAAAACUUUCUUCAGAUUGCAGAGACCUGAGCCUGGGGCAGCAAAUGACCCUUUAACACAACAAGAAACGCAAGAAAAGAGUCGAGACAAUGAAGAAGUGACUUCACAACCAGUUUCUUCUGUCACUUAAGUGGCCCAACAAAUCCCAGACGGUGGCAGCUACCGUCUUUAGUGUUGCAUCAGCGCCACCUUCUGGAGUUAGUUAACUCCUACAAUAUCUAUCAGUCCUGUAGAGGGACUAUGCUAUGUAAAUGUUCAUAAUACAGUACAAUAAUGCUUGUAUAGGAGGGUCCUGAAGAGAGACAUCUGUGGUGCUGUUCUCCUUCUCAUACUGUUCUCUUUCUUGUUCUGGAAGUUGCUUUUUUUUUUAUUUUUUGAGGAGGAAAAACACUCCAGGAAAUAAACACACCAACUCUAGGACUGCAACAUAAAGCAGGAACGUUUUUAAAAGAAGAAAACUUACUAAAAGGAGGUGAUUAGAGAGAGGAAUUAGAAGAAAAAUAAAGAUCAAAAUAAAGACACAAAUGAUGCAAUGCGUGAUCACCGAUAGAUAAAGGAGAAUUAAAGCAACACAAAUUCUGUUAUGCUUCCUGCAACAUAAAACCCAGUUUUAACUUGUGUUUAUCACUUUAUAUUCUGUCUUGAUUGACGUAGAGAAGUAGAGCCUCUGAAAGACACUGAACUAUAUAGAUUUAUAAUAUUUGUCUGGAUUAACCCUUUGACUCCGUACACUGUAUAUUUACUGUUUCUUAUGAAUGUGUGCAGUUAUGUUAUAAAAGCUGGACACUAUUUAUAGUAGUUAUGCUGUUACUUCCUGCUGCCAUGUUUCCUUCAGUCUUUUCUCACAUGUGAAACUAGAAGUGCCUCUGGUGAUACCAUGUAAAGAGUCCUGACAGCUCAGAAUCAAACCACAGGUAUGAGUGAUGUGUUGUUUUGUGCGUGUAGGUGGAUGGGUGGGUGGGCUGGUGAUUUAUGUGUUUGUGUGCAGAUCUACCUGCUCAAAGCCACUGUUCUCUACUGUCCAACAAACAAAUUUAUAUUAAUAUGUGUUGAAGAGACUCAUGAUACACAUGAAAUAUGCCAGUAAAAUGGAUUAAAUGCAAUUUUGUGCAACAGCAUUAAAAAGUCACUAAAUUUUUAGAGAGAAAUAUAUUUUUAAAAAUUUAAUAAAAAUUUGUGUUGUUUUA